CCGACGGCUUGGAUAUCGAGCAGAGGGUUCUCCAGAAGGAGAAAAGGGUAGCCUUGAGGAGCAGCCAUUGUUUCGGUUUCGAAUCAGAAUAAAUCGACAGACUCAAACAACUACUUUCUUAUGAGGGAAAGAGUGGAAAAAAGAAGCUUGCAGAGGAGGACAGCAAGGUGGUGGGGUAUGGAGGGGAAGUCAGGAAUAUUUUCGGAGUUAACUAAUGGUAACUUAAUAUGAUACCGUAUCGUCUCUUACCGUAAACUAUCGGCAGUUGCGUCAGGGGAUCCCCAGCCGACUUCCGCGCAAAGCAUUGUUAGGAAACGACUCUCGAACGCAGGGUUAUUGUCCUAUUACUGUCUAAAAAACAGGUCAGAUUAACCACAACACUCGCUGAAAAUGGAAGACCCAGCGAUACAGAUUGCGGAAACCAUUCAGACUGCCUCGAUCAAGCGAGACCCGUCUCCGGCCCACGACAUCAACCCUCCCACCGCCGCUUCAGAGAAGAAGCCUGUUGUCCAAGAUGAUGCACAGUCGGAGGCCGCUAGCAUCGCUUCGGACGUCGUUGACCCUCGCCAUAUGAUCAGGCCCGUCCCGCGGCGGCAUAACCUCCCUCCCUUGCCGGAUCUGCGCUUCGAACAAAGCUAUUUGGCCAGUUUGAAAGGAGCAGACACUUGGGGACGCGUUGCCUGGAUUACCUUUAGAGAUCAGGUCCUUCUUCCUCUCGUCCAAGGUACAUUAUGGACCCUUGCGCUUUCCGGAUGGCGGUACUGGAACCGUAACGCUUCUCUCAGCGGGCGAACUCUCGGCAGCAGAGUACGCAGGUGGUGGUACGAGGUGAACAACUGGAAACUUCCGAAGAUGGACAGCUUCAGGGAUCCCAAGCUUGCUGAACAGGUGGAAGACCUAUUACAGUACUACACGGCGCAGUUCUCAAAUGCGGGGUCUGACUGAAUCUUGACAUGUAUGAUAUACCUCGACGGCAUUCAUUUUUUCUU